CUUCAACCUGUGAAAGAUAAUGGCUAAUGAUAUAUUGCAAGUAAAAUGUGAUAUUUGUGCGGAAAUCGCCCAUGAACCUUUCAUUGAAUGUUGUGAAUGUGAAACAAAUUUAUGUAGCUCUUGUUUCGCGUCAGGGAAAGAGAAGGGCAGUCAUAAAAAUGACCAUAAAUAUGCGGUAAGGAGAAAUGACUUCCCGCUUUUUGAAAAUUGUAAUUGGUCCGCAAAAGAGGAAUGUAAGUUGCUAUCGGCACUCUCGACGUACGGUUACGGUAAUUGGGAGGAAAUAUCGAAAAGUGUACACACGCGAUCGAAACUCGAAUGUCAAGAGCAUUACAAGAAAUAUUAUAUUGAAAAAGUUCAAUAUACUGAAUUGAAACUAAUACCAGAAACAGAACAGUCUUUAUUUUUGAAGCCUUUAACACCAUAUUUAUUCAACACAGAACUGAGUACAAAUCCGCCUAGAAAUAAUCAAUCAGAUCAACUCUUAGCAGGCUACAAUGCAUAUAGAUCCGAAUUUGAGCUGAGCUAUGAUCACAAUGCAGAAAACAUAUUUAACAUAGAGGAUGGUUAUUCUGAUGAUGACGAUGAUUGUAUGGAUGCUUUAAAAGUUAGCUUAGUGAGUGCACUGAACACAAGACUGAAAGAGAGGCAACGGCGAUACAAAGUGAUUCAAAAUCAUGGCCUCAUCAUGCCCAAUAAACUCUUAUCUUGGCUAAAAAGGUUUGAUAGUACAUUAUCGAGACCAAAAUCUGAACGUCUCCUACCAUUUAUGCAAUUCAUGACAGGCAUGCAGUUUGAUGCAUUCAUGGAAUCUCUUAAUUUAGAAGAAGAUUUAAUAAAUAGGAUUGUGCGACUAUGUGAAUAUCGUAGAAAUGGCAUGAGAACUUUAUACUCUGCAAGAUUGUAUAUGCAGUUAAAGAAAAACAAUGAUAUGGCUUAUAAGGAACAGAGAUAUGCUACAUCUAUAAUGAUGAAGAAAUUUGACAGCCAGUCGCCAGUCAAGCAUAAGUUUUAUUUUGGAAAUACCAUCGGCAAGAGGUAUAGAAAAGCAUCAUUGCCAUUAGACAUCAUUGAUCUACCGGGUUUUCAUCUAUUAUCAGAAAGUGAAAAGAGUUUGUGUUCCAACAUAAGAUUAAUACCUAGAAAUUACUUAGAAAUUAAAAAGAUACUUAUUACUGAAAAUAAUAAGCUGGGCUUUUUGCGCUUGUUAGAUGCAAGAAGAAUUGUUAAAAUCGAUGUAAAUAAAACAAGGAAGAUAUACGACUAUCUUCUGUCUGAAGGAUUUGUAUCAAAGCCUUGAAAUAAAUAUUUUAUAGUAA